AAUAGCGUAGUGAGCGGGUAGAUCUUUAUAAAAACAAGAACACAUCCGAUUGUUCCCCAGUUAAACUAUAGGCCAAAGGAUGAUGACAAAGAUUUUCCUCUCCCUGUUGGUGUUUAGUCUUUUAUCGACAACAUUAGGUUGGCAAGACGAAUGUCGUCUCGAACUGGUGCCCAAUCUUCCUCUUCCUAUCAAAUGUAACGCCACGUCUUACAACUGCGACCAAAUCACGUGUUCAAUUCCCUUCAGUCGCGAGGAUAUCACAGUGACUGUGAACUUUGACACAUGGGAUGAUCCCAUGAGUGCUGACGUCACCAUGUCAGUUCCGAAGCUUGGAUUUGAUUGGUCGGCCAGGGUAAAAAAUGGAGAGGAAAUUGAGGUUCCCGGAUUCCCACUGGAUAUUAAAGGAUUACCAUUCGGAAAAGUUGAUGCUUCCAUUCGAGUUGCAAUGACAAAAGAUAAUGGCACCCUAAGUUUCAAGAUUGACCUGGUAGGCCGGGCAGAAUUGACAAAGAAGCCUUACACAGUAACACUCAUUGAAGGAAAAAUUCCAGUCGUUGAGGAGCCUCAAAUAGUAGUGUGCGAGUGUAAGUUAGAUUCCUGUUAUCCGGUAAAGUAGAACCACGCCCACACU